AUGGACUACUUACAGAAUUCAUUGGAAAUAGAGAUUGGUGGAUGCCCAGGUCUGUUACCAUUAAUAGAGAGAGUAGAGAAGAAGUUCUUGUCCACACUUGAAAUUUCUAAUUUUGAUGCAAUACAGUGCCUGCCCAAAAUGAAAUAUCUUCGAAGUUUGAGGUUCGAGGAUUGCCCAACCGUGUCGUCAUUAGAGUUCUUAUCUCAUGAGAUGAUGGCCGAAUUGUCGUCACUUGAGUAUUUGGCGAUUAUCACGAGUUUUGAUUCAGUGAGGUCCUUCCCGUUGGGCGUUUUCCCCAAACUUUCAACUCUUGAAAUCCAUGGCUGUGAGAAUCUGGAAUCCUUUUCUAUUGAAGGAGUUGAUCAGAACCUAAGCCAUCUCAAUCGGCUAGAAAUCCACAACUGUCCAAAUCUGGCGUCUUUCCCGGACGGAGGAUUGCCCACUCCCAACUUGAGAGAAUUGUCAGUCCAUCGAUGCAAGAAUUUGAAGUCGUUCCCCGAACAAAUUCGCACCCUCACCGCCCUUGAACGAUUGAUUAUAUGGGGUCUUCCAAAUCUUGUAUCAUUUGCCCAAGGGGGUUUGCCUCCCAACCUGCAAUAUUUUGAUGUUAGAGAUUGCGACAAAGUGAAGCCUUCAGUGGAGUGGGGAUUACAAGGACUUGUCUCCCUUAAAGAAUUUACAAUUGCUGGAGAGAUCUGGGCACCGUUGCUCAAGGAACAGCUCCUGCUCCCUACUACUCUUCACCGGCUAAGUAUUUUAGAUUGCCCAAGUCUGGAAUUCCUGCCACGAGAGGGACUUCAACACCUCACUUCUCUUCAAUAUCUAAAUAUUUAUCGUUGCCCAAGUCUGGAAUUCCUUCCAGCAGAGGGACUUCUACACCUCACUUCUCUUCAAUAUCUAACUAUUGAAGAUUGUCCAAAACUCCAAUUCCUGCCAGAAAACGGUUUGCCGCCAUCUCUUUCUUCCCUGAAGAUCUACUCUUGUUCCGCCCUGGAGAAAAGGUAUGAGGAUAAGAUGGGAGAAGAUUGGGCCAAGAUAUCUCACAUUCCUUUAAUAAAGAUAGGCAAACAAGUCAUCAUAUCUGUAUGA